GGGGCAUUCGCACAUUUCGCACACGCGAACAUGGAUUCCGAGCAACGCAUACGAGAUAUCAUCACGACAUGCUUGUCUGAGAUUUCUAAAGAAGGUGCAUUUACUGGUAACGUUCCCUAUUUCACUCCAUCACCACCACCAAAACAUUUCAAAAAUCCCCGCAUCACAGAUGCAACUCCCCAAAAUCACCUUUACACCAGCACACUCCACCACCUCCAAACCCAAUCUCCUCAAUCCCUAUCACACGCAACCGCCCUCCACGAGCACACCCACGAAACCCUACACACCCUCCCCUACAAUCUCAUCCCACCCCAAGAUCGCACACAGUACACCCACGCAACAAUCCUAAAAGCCUGUGCACAAUUACUCUGCAAUGACCUACCCGCUGCGUUCCAGACAGUAGAUAUCGGGCUCGUGAUGGUUGGAUCUCAUCCUAUAUUACAUGCAUUGAUAACGAGUCUAGAGGAUCUUAUGGGGGAUAGGGAUUACACAUACCUCGGUACACAAUUCCCUAAAUUGAGUGACCCAGAACCGACGAUAACGCACCCGGCACCCAUCAUAAAAGCCCCCUCGGUCCUCACAUUCCAAACCUACUUAAACCAAAAUAAGCCGAUACUGAUUCAAGGAGCGGUAGAAUGGCCUGCACUACACUUAUGGCAAAACCCAUCCUACAUUGCACAACAAGCAGGAAACCGAACAGUGCCUAUUGAGAUUGGAAAAGAUUAUACGGAACGGGAAUGGACGCAGGGGUUUGUUAAGGUUGGGGAAUGGUUGGAAGAGGUUGUCAAAGGGCGUGGUGGGUAUUUGGCUCAAUAUGAUUUAUUUGCCCAUGUCCCGCAGUUGAGAAGGGAUAUUCUUGUCCCGGAUUAUUGCUUUGUGGAUGAUAAUGAUAGUGAUGAUGGUCGUGAUGUCCUCUUACAUGCUUGGUUUGGUCCAAAAGGAACCAUCUCACCACUCCAUCAUGAUCCUUAUCAAAACCUUUUCGCCCAAAUCGUUGGGACGAAGUUCAUUGUCCUCUACCCACCCGAUGCGAAUGUGUACCCACAUGACACGGAUUUGUUGCGGAAUACGAGCCAAGUGGAUGUUGAGCAUGUGGAUUCGAGCAAGUUUCCAGGGCUUGAAGGGAGGUUGGAGUGUGUGGUUCGGCCGGGGGAGAUGUUGUUUAUUCCGAAGGGCUGGUGGCAUUAUGUGAGGGCGUUGAGUACGAGCUUGAGUGUUAGCUUUUGGUUUUGAAUACCACUAGUAAUUUGCAAGGAGAUGAUGAUGAAGACGACAACAAGCGUUCAGAGGGCAGUGCAACAGUUUUGGAUAAGAUAGAUGCCCGUCAUAUCGCCUUCAUGUAUAAUGUAAAACACAACGCCAGUCCAUAU